GUUCACAUAUACGAACUUUGAACGACAGCGUUUUAGAGACUUCAAAUUUUCAUCAAACGGCUAGGAGCUGGGGAGAGUUCCUAGGCGCUGGUCUUGAUUAUUGGUGCUACUUGUGAGCUUUUAGCCCACUCGCGGGACAACGUGACAACAGUGGAAAAUCAAGAGAGUCAGACAUCUGAAAAAAAACCCCUUUAGGACACAAAAAGUAAGGAAAAAUUCCUUUGUCUUUUGUUCUUCAAUUCUUCCUUUCCACAGAUUUUCUAUCUUCCCAAAUUUAUGUUUUGAUUCCCAUCACUUUACUCUGAAAUUCUUCAACUGUUCCUAUUCAGGGAAGAUCAACCACCAGAGGAUGGGUUUCUGUUCUUCAUACACCUUUCCGUGGAUUUUCUUCUCCCAAAGUGAUAUGAUGCUUACUUGACUGAAUACCACCCUCACAGCAGAGUUUUGAAACUUUUUUGUCAACCUCAACAAUUUUUUGGGGUCUCCAAUGGAUGAUGGUGGGCAUCGUGAAAAUGGAAGACUCAAAACAGAUCAGUAUAGACCAGCUCAGGGUCAGUGGCUGAUGCAUCAGCCGUCAAUGAAGCAGAUAAUGACCAUUAUGGCUGAAAGAGAUGCAGCUAUUCAAGAAAGGAAUUUAGCACUAUCUGAGAAAAAGGCAGCUAUUGCUGAGAGAGAUAUGGCUUUCUUGCAGCGAGAUGCUGCAAUUGCUGAGAGAAAUAGUGCUAUAUUGGAACGUGAUAAUGCCAUAGCAAAUCUUCAGUAUCGAGAGAACUCCUUGGCAUCUAGUAAUAUGUCCUCUUGUCCACCAGGGUGCCAAAUCUCGCGUGGGUUGAAGCACAUGCAACAUCCACAGCAAAACGUUCACCAUCUGCCCCACAUUAGUGAAGCUCCUUACAAUUCAAGGGAAAUGCAUUCAACUGACACCCUACCAGUGACACCAGGAACCUCUGAUGGUACAAAGUCAAGACAGGGUAAACGAGCAAAAGAGGCCAAGGUAAUUGCAUCUAACAAGAAGGCUUCAAAACCUCCAAAAAAGGUGAAACGAGAGAAUGAGGAUUUGAAUAAGAUUAUGUUUGGCAAGUCACAUGAAUGGAAGGGUGGACAAGAUGUGGGUGGUGGGGGUGAUGAUCUCAACAAACAGCUAGUGGCAACCAAGUCCGAUCGGAAAGGUCAGGAUCUGGGGUUGAAUCAAAUUGUAUUUGAUGAAUCAACCAUGUCACCACCUGUUUGUUCCUGCACUGGAGUCCUUAGACAGUGCUAUAAAUGGGGAAACGGGGGAUGGCAAUCUUCAUGUUGCACAACCACCUUGUCAAUGUAUCCUUUGCCAGCAAUUCCCAACAAAAAACAUGCCCGAAUUGGUGGCAGAAAGAUGAGUGGAAGUGCUUUCAACAAGCUGCUUAGCCGGCUUGCAGCUGAAGGUCAUGAUUUAUCCAAUCCUGUUGACCUUAAGGACCAUUGGGCCAAGCAUGGGACAAACCGCUACAUCACGAUCAAGUAGGUUGUUUAAGAUGCCAAAUGCAAAUGGGAUAGGUAAUGGAGAAAUAGAGAAGAGUCAUGUGAUGCUCAUGUUUUUGUCUUUAGUCAUUUUAGCAGUGGAGGAAAAAUAAAUGAUUUGAAAAUAACCAUAGUGAGGAUCACUAGGUGGGAAAUGCCAACAUAAUUUGGGGUUUACUUCAAAGUGGCCCCUCAGAUCUCUCUCUCUCUCGCCUGCAUCGAUCCUCCAUUAGCAUUUUAUGAAUUGAUGUCUGCAUUUAGUACAAGUAAGGGGUGACUAGUUGAAGAGAGGAUGAAGGAUAUGACUCAUCCAUUUUCUUUUCUUCAUUUUCUUUGCCACAUCCAACCUUGGAAAUGAUGGGGGUGUCACCUUUCCACUAUGUUACCUGUAACUAUAUUGUGCCUCAAACGUCUUUGUUGUACUUGAAUGAAAUUUCAGUUUGUAAGCUUAAUCAAUCCAUCCAUUUCCUUCCCUAAACGGUAUGUCAAGUUGAUCAUUUUGCUUGGAUUCUUGAGAUCACGAAACCUAGCCUUUAUAUCUUCCAUCAUAUGUUUCAUGUUUGGUCAGUUUAGAUCAUUUAUCAGUUUUUCUUCCGAGAAUCAGGCUUUCUUGUAAAAUGAUAUUGGGAUGUCAACUUUUCCGACCACUUUUCCAGGAUAAAGGAAAAAAAUGUCUGAACUCUGAAC